AUUCUCCUUAACCUUUCAGCAAAUUCUUCACUAGUGCAGAUUUUCGAAUGGAAAAUUUGAAGGUGGUUCUCCCAACAAGAGCUGUUACUCGUUAUGGGAUUGCCUCAGGCAGGGUCAGUGCCUCCAACCAGCACUUUGUUGAAGAAAUGCCCAGGAUUCCACCAGAUCGUGGUUCAAGACCGUUUCUGGCUAGAGAUAUGCACGGGCGCCGCAUUUAUCACCUUAGGUACAACAGAAGGAUGAGGGGGCUCCGUCCGAAGCAAACAAUUGCUGGCCUAAGACGCUUCUUCCAAGAGCAUGGUUUGCAACCUGGGGAUCGAAUUACUGUGUACAAGGAGGAGGGCAAUGAGGUGAUGUUGAUGGGAAAACUCAUCUCUCCACUCUACGUGAUCCACUUUGAGAGGGUUAACUAAGUUGCAGACCGGUGAUGAUCAUGCUCCUUGAGAAAGCUGAAUGAGCCUGUUUUCUGGUAGUUGCUUUUGUUUGUUUGUAUGCUUGUUUGUUCUUUUUUUUUUCCUUCAUGUCUUGCUGUUGUGGACUGUGGUUUUCCAAUAAUAAUAAAUGUAAUGCUAUGGU